AGAGAGAGUAUAAAUGGGAAACCAGCCAAGCCACUUAAGGAGGAGGUCCCUUUGCAUACCGAAUCCAUACCCAGAUUCAUCUUCAUUCACAGAAAUUACAAAUUAAUGGCAACAACCAAAGUAAGCCUGAAGUUGUUAAUAGACAAAAAGAAGCAACGUCUGAUUUUUGCUGAAGCAGACAAGAAAUGCGUUGAUUUCCUCUUUAGCAUUUUGACUCUGCCGGUGGGAACUGUUGCUGAGCUGCUAAAAGUGGAAGGAAUGGUAGGCUGUCUGCCAAGCCUCCACAACAGCGUUAAAAAUCUGAGUGCUCCUUGCUUUCUCAAUGACAAAAGCAAAUACUUCCUCUUAAACCCCAAAGUAGCCGUUCCUGGUGCUAACGUUUCUCUCCUCUUGCCAAAUGAUGCGUCAUUUACAUACAGGAAACUGAGCCUCCAUCAGUUGGUACAUGGCAACAACAAUUGCAGGGCCUAUAUAAUCGAGGAUGCUAAUCCGAUCAGAAGUUGUGGACAGUGCGCGCCUACUACUGAGGGCGGUUAUGUAGAAGGGAUGGUCACAUACAUGGUGAUGGAUGAUCUGGAGGUGAAGCCCAUGACCACCAUCUCUGGAAUAACUCUGCUUAAAGAGUUUAAUGUCGAGGAAGUUGGAGCUGUUGAGGAGAAGGUUGUCGACUUGGGUAUGGAUGAGGGUGUGAAAUUACUCAAGGCUUCUCUGCAAUCCAAGACUGUUCUGACUGAUAUCUUCCUUUCCUGCCCGGACAAAUUAGAACCAGGGAGCAACUUAAAAACGAGGGAUUAUAGAAGGACCAAAUGAAGGCGCGCAGCGUUGCAUCUUAUUCGUCUGUUCGGGUUCCAAGUGCAACAACUGAACGUGUUAUUCAUCCAGAAAUUACAAAAAAAAAAAAAAAAAAUUUAUCUGUGAGAUUUCUACUUAAGAUGUUGUGUUCCAUGUAAGUCAGAUAUGGUGUGGUAAUAUGCUUUUUCUUUUUGUCUGUAAAAGAAAAGGCAGAAUGAUAUUUAGAUAGAAAGUAUUUUUCUUUUUCAUAUGUGGACCCAGCAGCUCCCUAAUCUAAAUAGAAAGUAAAUUUGUGUUAA